AUGUUUCGUACGAAGUGUAAGGAACACGAUCACUCAUCUUUCUAUCAGUUUUUGCAAAUGGAGCACAGUCAUAAGAAUACCGACUGUUAUUUUUUCUAUUACUCAACGUGCACAAAGGGUGAUAAUUGUCCAUUCAGACAUGAACCAUCUGCCUUGGGUUGCGAAAUAAUGUGCGUAUUUUGGCAGCAGGGUAAAUGCCUUGAUGAACAUUGUAACUUUAGGCAUAUGGAAUUAAGAAAAAAUCGUAAGUCAAUUGCAUGUUAUUGGGAAACUCAGCCUGGAGGUUGUAGAAAACCUCACUGUUCAUUUAUGCAUAAAACUGCUCGUACAUUUACUAGUGACCUUAUUAAUCCAGUCAAAAAUUUUGAUUCAACAUCAAAGACAUUAAACCCAGAAUGGUUGAAUCGUCAAGAUGACACAAAAUAUGAUGGUAGUAGCACCGAGUCAGAUCAAGGUAGAGGAAGCAGCGAAGCAGGCAGUUUUAUUGGCAGUCCAGCUGUUGAUCCUCUUAUCGUCAAAUUUGAAGAAGAGUCAGACAAUGAAAGUGUACCGUCUCCGGUAAAGCCACAGCCGAGGGUCCCUUACUGCAAGACGUAUGAAGAGAUUCGACUGGAGGAGAUCCAGGCAGAAAGCGCAGCUUACUAUUCCUAUCAGACCGAGGACUACCAGAGCGACGUGGGCGGCGGGAAGAUCAAGACUCGAAGGACCAAAAGGAUCUGUCUGUACCCUCCGGUCAACGAAGAGAAAAACGGCGAAAAGAGCUUGGACUUCAAGGUCCUCACAUUGGAGGAAAUUCGUCGUCGAAAGAGGCACAAAGCUGUUCAGGAGAAGUUACCCGAGAAAAGUACGGAAUCAAAGAUUUCUAUGGAAAAGAAAGAGGAAUCGACAACAGAGUUUCUGAAAGACGCCAUGAAGACGUUGGCUGAACUUAGAGAGACUGUCUCCGUCAGGGGGGUGAAGAGGUCACUGGAGGAUUGCCAGGAGGACAUGGCCAGGCGCAAGGUCAAGUGCAAUACCGAUCGUACUCGUUCUGUAGUGGGUAACGUGCCACCUGUUAAGCUCAGGAGAUCUCCAAAGAGGUUUACGUCGAUUGAAAGUGAAAUUGGGGAACUGAGGAAUGUUCGUGAACUACUAGAGAAAAGUUGUGAAGAAGAAACGAUUGUCGAGGAGAAGACUGAAGAAUCCAUCACAAAGAGUUCAGUAACCGAUUCUGUAAAUAGAUUGGAUAAUUCAGAAUCAAUUGGAUCGAGCAAUACAAUUAGGAAGAACGAAGUAGAGAUUAGACUAUGUGAUAGUAGUACAGAUGAAGACCAAACGACUUUGGAGAAACAUGAUGAAAGAAAAUUGGUCGGUACAUAUACUAUAGAGGAUACGAAGGAAACCGCGGCUUCUUGCGAUAGUCUAUUGAAUAUGAACGAGGAGGACUAUCUGACGUUGGACAUGGCUUCGGACGAUAUUCUGAAGGACAUCGACGCGUUGCUCAAAGAGAAAAGCUCGGUCUGAGGGGGAAGCUGAGACUGGACUGAC